AUGUCCAUUUCAGAAGUCCAACACUAACUUAAUUUGACAAGCUACUUGAAUUAAUAAGCAACGGUGUCUGUGUUUCUCGGUGUAAAAGAGAUCCAAAUUGAUCAGGUCUAACAAUUAGCAACACAUACCUACAAACUAACAUUCAAGAACUCGAAUAAAAAGAUAAUUUUGCACACGAAAUCAAGCAAUGCUCAAGUCACUGGUAACCAAUUGGAAAAGGAUUAUAUGAUUGCGUAAAAAUUAUCAGCUGCAAACAUGCCAGUCCCCAAGGCAUUAUUCUAUUGUGGAGAUCAAUCCAUAGUGGGCGUGCCUUUUUAUGCAACUGAAUAUGUGGAAGGAAGACUAUUCAACGAUAAGAAGUUAUUGAGUGUUUCUCAGACAGAAAAGAAAUUGUUGUUUUAGGAGGUAUCAAAAGCCUUGGCUCAUUUACAUUCUAUCAGUUUAAAUUAUUUGGGACUUGGAGAAUUGGAAUCUCAAACUAGUCAAUACCAAACACUCAAUAAAAAAUUAUAUAACCUAUACAAAUUACAUGAGACCAAAAUUUCAACAAAUGUGGAAGAUUUAUUGUAUUGGUUGUCAUUAAACUCACCAGUGAAAUCAGAAUUGGAUAAUCUUUGUUUGGUGCAUGGUGACUUUUCAUUAUCCAAAGUUGUCUUCCAUCCAACUGAACCAAAGGUCUUGGCCAUCCUAGAUUGGUAAUAAGCCUAAUUAGGAAAUGCAUUCAUCGACUUGGCUAGUUUUGUCUCACCCUACUACAUCCCCUAUUCAAAUGGAUAACACCAAAUUGAUGGAUGGUUUGGAAUUGAAGAAAUUAUUGCUCAACCCAAUCUCCAAGAGGUCUUAUCAGCCUAUUUCACAACAAGAUCAAGCGAAACUACUCAAGACAUCAAUUACCAACUGGUAAUUUCAUUGUUGAAACAAUCAAUCGAUCAACAAAUCCUCUAUAAACAAACCAAAGAAGAGAAAUAUCAAGAUAACUCUCAUUUCAUAUCCAAGGCAGGUUAUGAAUUGCUAUUGAGAACCACUGAAGGAGAUCCUUUCGGAAUAAAAUUGAGAGCCAAUAAUGAUGGUUAAUUGUGGUCCAACUGGCCAGUUUCAUAAAGAUGCAAGAGUUACUACUAUAGAAUCAAGGAUUUCAUGAAGGAUGAAAUUUUCCCAGUUGAAAAAGCCAUCUUGGAUAAGGCCAGAGCAGUUCCAAGAACAGUGAAAAACAAACCAAUUGUAGAAAUAGAAGAACUCUAAAGAAAAGCCAAAGCUGUUGGAUUGUGGAACUUAUUCAUCUCAGAUCCCAUGUAUGGCAAAGGAUUAACUAAUUUGGAGUAUGUGUACCUUUCAGAACUCAUGGGAUUAAGUUAUCUUGCUCAUGAAGUGUUUAAUUGUUUCGCACCAGAAACAGGAAAUAUCAAAUUGCUGAUCGCCUAUGGAACACCACACCAGAAGGAGAAAUACUUGAAACCAUUAUUGGAAGGAUAAUGCAAAUCGUUUUUCGCAAUGACUGAGAAGGAUGUGCCAUCUUCAGAUCCAAAUAAUUUCUAAUGCACCAUCACACCUACUGAAGGGGGAUUCAUUCUCAAUGGGGGCAAAUGGUUUGUCUCCAGUGCUCCAGAUGAAAGAGCCAUCUUUGGAAUCGUAAUGGGUAAAUCCUCCAAAGACAUGAGCAACCCCAUUGAAUCAUAAUCGAUGAUUCUUGUUGACAUGAACAAUCCCAAAAUAAAAAUUGUCAGACAAUACUCUGUGUUGGGUUUCUUCGAUGUGCCUCAUGGUUAUUCAGAAGUUGAAUUUGAUAAUGCCUUCAUUCCACAAGAAAACCUCUUGGGACAACUUGGAGGAGCAUUCAAAAUGGCUUAAGGGAGAUUAUUGGGAGGAAGAUUGCACCAUUGUGUUAGACAAAUUGGGUUAACUAGGAGAUGUCUAGAUUUGAUGAUGGCGAGAUCAGAGAAGAGAAUCAUUUUCAAGUAAUCAUUAAAGGAUAAUGCUGCCUUCUAAGAGAGAUUAGGAGAUUUGGAAAUUGCGUUCUAAUCAUGCAGAUUAUUAAGUUUAAAUGCUGGAUUGCUAUUGGAUUCUGCAGGAUCCAGACAUUUACAUACAUUCAUGGCUGUCAGUGAAUGCAAGGCUCACAUUCCCAAGGCUUGUCAAUACAUCAUUGACCAAUGCAUUCAAGCAUUCGGUGCCGAGGGAGUAACUGAAGAGCAACCAUUGACUCUUGCAUACCGUUUUGCCAGAGCUAUUAGAUUCAUGGAUGGACCAUGUGAAAUCCACCUUAGACAAAUCUCAAGAUUUGCUUAUGGAAAUCACUUAUUCAAUGAUCUAAACAAUGCUCAAGGAUAUGGAUUAGCAAAGCUAUGA